CAGAAAGCGAGAACGGUCAUGCAAGAAAACGUCGAAAGAAGCAACAGCCAUCAAGUGCUACUAUUGAUGUCGCUGAUGGAGACGAUGCGUCUGCGCCGGCUGCUCGCAGUGAUGGCUGUGCUGCUGCAGUACCAGUAGCAGUAUCUUCAGCGUCAGCUUCGUCAUCAUCUGGUGGAAAUAGGCACAACAAUGAGGCUGCGUUAGUUGUGAAUGAGACAGGUGAUCUUUUUGAUUCUGCCUCUGAUGACGGUCAAGAAGAUGCUGAAGGCGGCGACGCGUCAUCUGAUGACGCAGCUUUAAACAAUCAAGAGCAGGCUGAGCAUGAUAAUCCGGCUGUAGCUGAUAAAUCAAAGCAGGCCCCUCCUAUCGGGUUUCUAUCUGAGCCACUUAUGCCUGCAGCUGCUGCGUCGAGUUCUAGUAGGAGUCGACCAAAGACUAUGAUGGAGGCGAAGUCUGCAGAAGAACUUGUAGAAGAGCGACGCUUGAGGGUUUUAGAACAACAAGAGACAGCGGACGCAGGGGCGGAGCACUUCAACAUUCGCCAGAAAGGUUUCUGGUCCAUGGACGCGGACGGACAUGAAAACGUCACUAUCCGCCCACUGAACAAGAUGCUGCAAGAACGAAUGAAAAAGACCUUGGAGCACAGUACUCACAUCCAGGACAUCUUUCAUACUCAAGGAACGUCGGGGAAGCGCUUCUACAGUAAGCGCAAAGGCAUUAAGCGCGAGGACAGGAAUAGCGUCUUUCCCGUGAUAUUCUUGGAGACGUGGAUGCGGCGCGCCAUGUUUUUGAUGUGCACGCCAAAGAGUAUUACUCAUACCGAAUUUGUGAAGCGUUGGACGACACUCAUUCAGGCCCGCUGGACAGAGGCCGCGAGGUGUACGGUGAGUGACGCACAGAAGAAAGACUUCAGAGCGUUGACGAGACUGAAGCUACAAGAUGUGGUAGAUGUGCAAACGGUCAUGGAAGAGAAAGAUAUCUCAUAUGCUACAAGGCCGAAACAAAUGCAAUAGUUACGAAUACAGUCCUCAGUUUUCUUUAUUAUGAGACACGUUGAUCUUUAUAGUAUUGGCAAAGGGUGUGGUAGGUCCAGUGAUAAUGCAUAUUGAUUCUGAUACGAUUGAUGCGGUUCCUAAAACAAAUAUACACUUCUUAGAGGGCGUUUUGAUUUCAAUAAAACAUUCUUUGAAAGCGUCAAGUAUUGACUUCCCUCGUGAAUAUGGUUGCUGCCGUGUUUAAAUGUUUGCAAAACAGCACGAGAAAUUUUCAAAAAAUAUUCAAAAAAUUUUCAAAAAAUUUUCAUUCUAUUUGAAAUGAAAAUUUUUUGAAAAUUUUUCAAACGGUGGUGCGAAUUUUCACCCUGUUUUUUUGAUUUAGGAUUAAAUUUCUGAUUUUGAACCUGAUGUGAAAAUUUUUCGGGUACCCCAAAAAAUUUUCAAAAAAAAACGCUUCAAGCGAUCAGAAUUGUGUAAUUUCUUUUUGCUGAUUUUUCGCGAGAUCAAUGCCAAAGCUUCACAUGCAGGCGAAUGCGCCCGGCAGCAACCUUUCGCUGGGGGGUCGUAGUAUGUCUAUCUUAAUAGUUGGAUCCCACUCAGACUCAUGUGGCAGCCCUUUUCUUAAUGAUUUGAUACAAUCUGUCUUCAGUGAGUUACUUAGAUGUGAAAGACUAAUUGCGUUUAGACUCCAAGCGUUGGUUGCUGAAGUCAUGAAGUGCGAGUGAUCAAAAUACUGCGACCUUAAAUUGUGGCUG